AUGGAGAGCGACACCAGCAGUCCUGAACCCCCGCAGACGGAUCCCCUUGAGGCGUUUCCACAGAGGAGCCUGGAGCCAGGUGACAUUGCAGUGCUGGUUCUGUACUUCCUCUUUGUCCUGGCUGUUGGACUCUGGUCCACAGUGAAGACCAAAAGAGACACCGUGAAAGGCUACUUCUUGGCUGGAAGGGACAUGGUGUGGUGGCCAGUGGGUGCAUCUCUGUUUGCCAGCAACGUUGGAAGUGGACACUUCGUUGGCCUGGCGGGGUCAGGUGCUGCUGCGGGCCUCUCAGUAUCUGCUUAUGAAAUUAACGGCUUGUUCUUCGUGCUGAUGUUAUCCUGGGUCUUUCUCCCCAUCUACGUUGCUGGCCAGGUCACCACGAUGCCAGAAUACCUAAGGAAACGCUUUGGCGGCAACAGGAUCCCCAUCAUCCUGGCUGUGCUCUACCUGUUUAUAUACAUCUUCACCAAGAUCUCGGUGGAUAUGUAUGCCGGUGCCAUCUUUAUUCAGCAGUCUUUGCACCUGGAUCUGUACCUGGCCAUAGUUGGGCUGUUGGCCAUCACAGCUCUCUACACUGUCGCAGGUGGCCUGGCUGCUGUGAUCUACACGGAUGCUGUACAGACUAUGAUCAUGCUUGUAGGAGCACUCACCCUGAUGGGCUACAGUUUUGCUGCAGUUGGUGGGCUGGAAGGCUUGAAGGAGAAGUACUUCUUGGCCCUGGCUAGCAACCGGACUGAGAACAGCAGCUGUGGGCUGCCCCGAGAAGACGCCUUCCAUAUUUUCCGAGACCCAGUUACCUCUGAUCUCCCGUGGCCUGGGAUCCUGUUUGGAAUGUCCAUCCCCUCCCUCUGGUACUGGUGCACAGAUCAGGUGAUUGUUCAGCGGACCUUGGCGGCCAAGAAUCUGUCCCACGCCAAAGGAGGCUCUCUGAUGGCCGCCUACCUGAAGGUGUUGCCCCUUUUCAUGAUGGUGUUCCCUGGAAUGGUCAGCCGUAUCCUCUUCCCAGACCAAGUGGCUUGUGCAGAUCCAGAAAUUUGCCAGAAGGUCUGUAGCAACCCCUCUGGCUGCUCUGACAUUGCCUAUCCCAAACUUGUGCUGGAACUGCUGCCCACAGGGCUCCGUGGGCUCAUGAUGGCUGUGAUGGUGGCGGCGCUCAUGUCCUCCCUCACCUCCAUCUUUAACAGUGCCAGCAUCAUCUUCACCAUGGACAAGGGCAAGGAAGAGCCCAUGAGCAAAGUGGAACCUGUCAUCGCCUCCCUGGAAGAAAACCCCCUCAUAAAAACCCUCUUGGACAUCAAUCUCAUCAUCUGCCUUAGCUGUGCCAUCUUUCUCUUGGGUUACUUUGCUUGA